AUGUCCAAAUCUCUUAUUCUCUUAGCCUUGGCCAUCUUUGUGGUUUCAUCUGUAUUGGCAGAUGAACUUGUGGCCGAUCAACAUGAAAUAAAAGGUGAGGAGCCGAAGGAGAUCAACCAAGGAGGAGGCGGCGGCGGAGGUGGCUACUGCAGGAAUAGGUGGUGCUGCGGCGGGUGGGGCCGAUAUGGCUGCAACCGCUAUUGUUGCCGCUAUUCCGAAAACGAAGUGGAGGCCAACGAAGAAGCAUAUCAGCCCAACCAAGGCGGCUGGGGCGGUGGUGGUGGUGGUGGUGGCUACUGCCGGAAUAGGUGGUGCUGCGGUGGGUGGGGCCGAUAUGGCUGCAGCCGUUACUGUUGCCGCUGGUCGGAGAAUGAAAUCGAGCCGGAAGAUGUAGGUGGUGGACAUGGCGGUGGCGGCCAUGGAGGAGGCAGUGGUGGCGGACAUGGCGGUGGCAAAGGCGGCAGUGGGGGUGGGCAUGGAGGAGGCAAAGGUGGUGGAGGUCAAGGUGGCGGCAAAGGCAAAGGUGGCGGCGGCGGCGGCAGUGGAGGAGGGCCCCAAACAGAGACUAAGAACUAA